AUGUCCUUCAAGACGUGGAAGAAAAUCGAACUACUAGACCUCGCGGACAAGCUGGACCUUCACGCGUCGCAAGCGUCUACCAAGGCCGUCAUCGCAAAUGCCAUCGACAAGCACCUGCGGCAACUGGACGGGCCCUUGGACCUGAACGAGUUCCCAGAGCUCGCCACUUACUACGAGGACGCGGAGCGCGUGGCGCUCGAGGCCGAGGCCGCGCACAGCGACGCGAGCGAAACUAGCGCGGUCAGCGACGGCACCACCAGCGAAGGCACCAGCGACGGUACCAGCGACGGUACCAGCGAGGGCACGAGCUCCGAGGACGAGUCGGAGCCCGGCCACAAGAUGCCUCGAGGCACGCCCUUCCAGAACUGGUUCUCGCAGCUGGACUUCUCGCGUGUCACGCCCGCGCGCGGCUCCUUCGCCUUCAAGUUCAACGAGUUUCUACAGGACGUGCAGUCGCGCACUAUCGAGGCCAACGAGAACGUGCAGGAUGCGCUGUCGACGAUCCCCGCGGUGGACGUCGUGUUUUUGGCCAUCGAGGCGUAUGUUUACGUCAUCAGCAAGCACCUCGAGUUUUCCGCGGCGUCUCCCUUCGUCGCGAUCGGCUCCAGCUGGAGGGAGGUGAGCGCGUUGCUCGGGUUCUGGUCCGUAUGGUCUCUCAUCACGCCAGCGCUGGUAGGCUACUACAUCAAUUUCAUCCGCUACGACCUGCCGGACGUUCCCGUGGACCCCAUGGUCUUCCACAUCAGCAAGGCGCUGUUCGCGCUGCUGCUCGCCCAGUGGCAGCCGUCGUUUUCCGACGAGGCUGCCUACGCGGUCAAGGACGUCGCGGGCAGCGCGACCUUCAUGGACUCCGUCGCCCAUUGGUCGCGCUUCGCGCUGGCCGAGUGGAAGCAGCAGCUGGGGCUGCUGCCCUUCAUCCUUGGAUGCGCAGGCUCCGCUCUGUGCCUGUACGUGUUGUAG